CUGGCUAACAGAGCCACCUUCUGCGUCCUGUCCUGCUCUGUCCUUUCUCUCCGGCACCUCCUGGCCGCUAGUGCCCCCUACUCUUGCCCCACCAGGAACCAGCCAUCAUGUCUCGCCAGUCGAGUGUGUCCUUCCGGACCGGGAACAACCGUAGCUUCAGCACCGCCUCUGCCAUCACCCCAUCUGUCUCCCGCACCACUUUCACCUCCGUGUCCCGGUCUGGGGGUGGAGGUGGCGGCCUUGGCAGGGUCAGCCUUGGGGGUGCUUGCGGUGCGGGUGGCUAUGGAAGCCGGAGCCUCUACAACCUGGGGGGCUCCAAGAGAAUCUCCAUCAGCAGUGGCAGCGGUGGCUUCAGGAACCGAGUUUGUGCCACCGGUGCUGGAGGCGGCUAUGGCUUUGGAAGUGGAGCCGGGAGUGGAGGUGUUUACGGCGGUGGAGCUGGUGGUGGCUUUGGGAUCGGUGGUGGAUCUGGCUUUGCUGGGGGCUAUGGGGGCCCUGGCUUCCCCGUCUGCCCCCCUGGAGGCAUCCAAGAGGUCACCAUCAACCAGAGUCUCCUGACUCCCCUCAACCUGCAAAUCGACCCCACCAUCCAGCGGGUCAAGACUGAGGAGCGGGAGCAGAUCAAGACCCUCAACAACAGGUUUGCCUCCUUCAUCGACAAGGUGCGGUUCCUGGAGCAGCAGAACAAGGUUCUGGAAACCAAGUGGGCGCUGCUGCAGGAGCAGGGCACCAAGAUCGUGAAGCAGAACCUGGAGCCUUUGUUCGAGCAGUACACCAACAAUCUCAGGAGACAGCUGGAUGGCAUCCUGGGGGAGAGAGGCCGCCUGGACUCAGAGCUGAGGAACAUGCAGGACCUGGUGGAGGACUUCAAGAACAAGUAUGAAGAUGAAAUCAACAAGCGUACCACUGCCGAGAAUGAGUUUGUGAUGCUGAAGAAGGAUGUGGACGCCGCCUACAUGAACAAGGUGGAGCUAGAGGCCAAGGUCGAUGCACUGAUGGACGAGAUCAACUUCUUGAAGAUGUUCUUUGAGGCGGAGCUGUCCCAGAUACAGACGCACAUCUCAGACACGUCUGUGGUCCUGUCCAUGGACAACAACCGCUGCCUGGACCUGGACAGCAUCAUCGCCGAGGUCAAGGCCCAGUACGAGGAGAUCGCCAAACGCAGCCGCACAGAAGCCGAGUCCUGGUACCAGACCAAGUACGAGGAGCUGCAGCAGACUGCGGGCCGGCACGGCGAUGAUCUCCGCAACACCAAGCAGGAGAUCUCCGAGAUGAACAGGAUGGUCCAGAGGAUGAGAUCCGAUAUCGACAAUGUCAAGAAGCAGUGCGCCAACCUGCAAUCCGCCAUCGCCGAUGCUGAGCAGCGUGGAGAGCUGGCCCUCAAGGACGCCAAGAACAAGCUGGCCGGGCUGGAGGAGGCCCUGCAGAAGGCCAAGCAGGACAUGGCGCGGCUCCUGAAGGACUACCAGGAGCUCAUGAAUGUCAAGCUGUCUCUGGACGUGGAGAUCGCCACCUACAGGAAGCUGCUGGAGGGCGAGGAGUGCAGGCUGAGUGGGGAAGGCGUUGGACAAGUCAACAUCUCCGUGGUACAGUCCAGCACGUCCAGUGGCUAUGGCGGUGCCGGCGGUGUCAGCGGCGGCGUAGGCCUGGGCGUAUGCGGUGGCUACUCCUACGGCAGUGGUCACGGCCUUGGAAGUGGCUUCAGUUCCAGCAGUGGCAGAGCCAUAGGGGGUGCCCUCUGCUCCUCUGGGGGCAGCAGUUCCACCGUCAAAUACACCACCACCUCCUCCUCCAGCAGGAAGAACUACAGGAAUUGAACGUCUGCCAUGGGCUUGUGGCCCCACAGCGUCUCAGGCUCCCUCUCCAGCUUCACUGCCCUUUCCUCCAGUUGCUUCCUCUCUCCUGCUUCUUUCUUCUCUUACUCCUUGAGUUAGAACUGAAGUUGCUGAGUGCCCUCAUGUCCUCUCUGCCAACACCUGCUGCAUCUGAGCUUCCAUUGCUCACCAUCGGAAGGUCACUGUCUGGGUCCUACUCCAGAACAGGGCGAUCCCCCUAGCUUUCCACUGGACCAGUAUGUCCCAUCUCACAGGUGUUGUGUUCCUCCCUUGCAGUGAUCAUGAAAGUACAAGUGACUAGUUCUGUGAUGUACAGGGGUCUGUAUCCCUGUGAUGCCUCCUCUGCUCUUUGCUCACUUGUAUUGCCAAAUAAAGCAGAUUUAUACUAUAA